AAGAAGAGCAAAGCAGCGACUAAAGGAGAGCCAGCAGACACACACACAUACUGAUACGCAGCAGCAGCAAGCAGCAGCAGAGAGAAGAGAGGGGGAAAUAACAAAUAAAACACAGAAAUUCUGAAAUUCUGUCGAAUAUAAAACAGUGUUUUAAAAAGGAGAAACCAAUGCAAAGGAGAGAUAGUGGCUGUAGACACGGCGUGCAGGACUAACCAGUCUAGUGGUGCAAAGGGAGGAGGACAGGAAAUAAAGGAGUUACCUGGAGGGUCUCCGUCAAUCCACAUUUCAGUUGGAGCGAGAGAAAAAGGCACGGAGGAGAGGAGAGAGAGAAAAGAAAAGAGGAGUGCGAGUCGCGUCUGCUCUUGGCAGCUGUUCCAGCAGCCUGUUUCAGUGUUUUGGCUGUUGUUUCGUUCCUGCGUUACCUUUUUGAUGAAUCGAUUCAUAUUUUUAACUUUAAUGUGAGGUAUAACUGCUGUAAAAGAAAACAUUAUUACUAGCAAGAGUGUUUUAUUUUGUUCCAUCGUUAAUUUCCAAGGUUCUUUUUGUUUCUUUUUUUAUGUUUAUCAACCCUUUUCGGCUGUGAGUAGCAGGAGCUUCCAUUCUCCAAACUAUCGUCGAACCCCCUUCCUUAUCUAGUUAGGACCUGAUAACCUGGUAUUCCUCAAGCACCUGAAACUGGCAGCUAUUCUCUUUGUGUCUGUGUGUUUGGGGAGCUCUGUGACCACAGCUUAAGCACCACUCAGCCUUCUAGUCACCUAAGCCUAACUAAAGCCAGCCAGCUCUAGCCUGGUCCAGCCCAGUCCAGCCUGCUCCGAUCAUCUGGACAGGAUACUCAGUUCUGUGCGGACGUGAGGAAUAUGACUGCUGAGACUCUUAACUUCGGCCCAGAAUGGCUCCGUGCACUGUCCAGUGGGGGGAGCGUGACGUCCCCCCCUCCUUCCCCCGCCAUGCCAAAGUACAAGCUGGCCGAGUACCGCUACGGCCGAGAGGAGAUGUUAGCACUUUAUAUCAAAGACAACAAGGUCCCAGAGGACAUGCAGGAUAAGGAGUUUGCUGCUAUUCUGCAAGAUGAGCCCAUGCAGCCACUGGCACUGGUGCCUCUCACUGAGGAGGAGCAGAGGAACUUCUCCAUGUCUGUGAACAGUGUGGCGGUGCUGAGGCUCAUGGGAAAAGGGGUGGGCGGGGCCGCCCCAGCUGGAGUGGUCCGAGGACGAGGGGCCACACGAGGCGGUCGAGGACGAGGUCGUGGUGAAGGUGGAUUCUACCAAAGAAGUAUUGAAGAACCGGAGGUGGGUUUCGGACGCAGCGUCCGAGAGAUACACCGCAGCCAGAGCUGGGAUGACCGGGGCGAGCGUCGAUUUGAGAAGCCGCUGCGGCGGGAGGUGGGGCGUCCUGGCUUUGAAGAGCCCGUCGGUCCCGUGGUUCCGGGGAGGAAGGAGUACACAAGGGCUGACAGCGAUAACUGGCGCAUCCUCCGGGAGGAGCAGGAGGAGGAGGAUUUGGGAGCGGGAGCAGGAGUGGGAGUUGGAGUUGGAGUUGGAGUGGGGGCGGGGGCGUUGGUGGGGGCGGAGCCGGGCACCAACUGGAGACUUACUGGAGUCCGCAGGGAUGAUGGUGGUCCUCGCUCAGCAGGCUGGCGGGAUCAUACCGCUCCAGGUGAGAGCCGCCGGAGGAAGUUUGAUUUCGACUUCCGGGACUCCGAUGGCCACGGUGGUGGCCGCCGGCGUGCAGGCAGCGAGGGACUAGAGGACGACAGGGACGGCCUGCCCGAGUGGUGUACAGACGACGAGGACGGGGAGAUGGGCACGUUUGACUCCUCUGGAGCUUUCAUGACUAUGAAGAAGGGUGGCAAGGAGACAAUCCUGGAGGAAGAGUUUGACUUUAAGGGGAUAGAGGAAGAUGAAGAGGAGGAGAGCUAUGCUGACUAUGAGAGGAACUGUGCUGAAGGAGAUAAAGACAAGGAGAGUAAAGACGCUGGCUUUGCUGUAGGUAAUGGCGAGACAAAGCCAGCAUCCCCCUCCUCUUCUCCUCCAGCUCUCCUACACUUUACCCCUCCAUCCCUGGAGCCUCGGCCCUGCAACGCUGGCCUAGUGUUGGACAACCCUCAGCUGAACAACAGCCACCCCGUCAAGGCCAGCAGCACGUCCAGUGAAGACAUGGCUCCGGUAGGGGGCUCCAAGAUCCAGCUGAGCCCCAGCGCCCUCACCUCCUCUUCCAAUCUCCCUCCCCCACCCCCUUCCUCCGCUGCUCCUCUCCACCCUCCACCUGGAGGAGACGCAGAGGACGAUGAGGGCAUGAAGCACCUGCAGCAGGAGGCGGAGAAGAUGGUGGCAUCACUGCAGGACACUUCUUUGGAGGAGGAGUGUUUCACCCAAGCUCUGCAGCAGCAGCAGGAGAGCAGGAACACAGCAGCCGCUCUGCCGCUGUCGCACGAGGCCGCCAUGAAGUGGUUCUACAAGGACCCACAGGGAGAGAUCCAGGGUCCGUUCACCACAGUAGAAAUGUGCGAGUGGUUCCAGGCCGGCUACUUCACCAUGACUCUGCUGGUGAAGCGGGGCUGCGACGAGGGCUUCCAACCCCUGGGCGACGUCAUCAAGAUGUGGGGCCGCGUGCCCUUCGCCCCGGGGCCCUCCCCGCCGCCCCUGCUGGUGAGACAGCCACCACCAACGCAGCGCCCGCAGCCCACCCGGACUGUGAGUCAGAGCUCAGCCAACGUAGAGGAUGGGGAGGGGAGGAUGCAGAGGAGAGGGAAGAUUGAUAGACAGGUUACGGGAAACCUGGACCAGGACCGCCUGCAAAAAAAGCAACAGGAGCUGGCAGCAGCAGCUCUUUAUCAGCAGCUCCAACAGCAGCAGCUAUUCCAGCUCAUUAACAGGUGCAGUGAGCAGGGUAUGAUGCCUUCGAUGAACAGGUCGAUGUCAGUGCCAGAUACAGGGUCCAUGUGGGACAUGCAUACCUCAGCUUCACAGCCGUCAGGCGGUGAAACCAGUCUUUGGGACAUAACAAUGAAUCCUUCUACUCAGGGUCCAACUCUCGAACAGCUUCAAAAACUCCAGCAGGAGAGGCGAGACGCUGAACUCAGGGCGAAGCGUGAGGAGGAGGAGCAGCGUAAGAGGAGGGAGGAGAAGAGGAGGCUACAGGAGGAGCAGAAGAGGAGGGACGAAGAGGAGCUCUUCAGACGCAAGCAGUGUCGUCAGCAGCAGGAACUGAUCAUGAAGUUGCUGCAGCAGACCCCCCAGCAGCAGGGUCCAGGGGCGAGCGGCUCAGGCUGGAGCGGGGCUCCCUCCUCUGGGCUAUCCAAGACAGGAAAGCCCCCGGCUCUGGCUCUGCUGGAGAUGCAGCAGGAGGCAGAGAGGCUCCUGAAGCAGCAGCAGCAGCAGAGAGCCCAGCAGCAGAGAGACCGCCACUCCGGCAUGUCGAUGGGGAGCUCCUCCAUGGGAGGACAGUGGGCGGAUGGUGUCGGCAUGUGGGGCGGGCCUGGAGGCAUGGAGGGUAAGGGUAGUGGAAGCUCUUCGGGCAGCAUGGGCAUGUGGGACGAGGCUGUGAAGAACCAGUCCGGCCUGCGUGGCAACAGCAACAACAACAUGGGUUUGAAGAACAGCCGCAGCAGCCCUUCACUAAGCAGUGAUCAGUACAUGAUGCGCCGUAAGCGGACGGAGGAGGAGGAGAAGCUGCUGAAGCUGCUGCAGGGCAUGAAGCCUCAAGACGGCUUCACUACCUGGUGUGAACAGAUGCUGCACGCUCUCAACACCUCUGCCAACAACUCCUCCUCCUCUCUGGAUGUUGCCACAAUCGUGGCAUACCUGAAGGAGGUGGAGUCUCCCUAUGCAGUACUGGACUUCAUCCGGUCCUACCUAGGGGACACAGUGGAAGCCAAAGAGUUCGCCAAACAGUUUCUGGAGCGACGUGCCAAACAGAAAGCCAACCAACAGAGACAGCAGCAGCAGUUAUCAAAGGAAGUGGCUGGAUUGAACAUGAACUUCCCUCUGCAGGACUCAAUGCGAGGUAUGAAUCCAAGCACCCUGCAGUCCAUGUUUCAAGCCAACCACAUGGGCAAGGCUGGUCUCUAUGACAACCAGGGGGGAAAGAUGAAGAAGAAACAGCCCAUGAUGCUGCACUCUGACCCCAGCAUCUUAGGGUACUCAUUCCACAACACGGGCGACUGUCUGAGCCUGAAUGAGAUGGAGAUGGUGGAGGAUUACUGAUGUGACGCAGCGCAGCAGCAAUAGCUACCUGAGGCCUUCUGUCUUUUAAUCAGACAAACCUGAUGACGAAUGUGCACUGCUGGGGGAACCGGGGGUGGGGUUGGGGGUGGGGAUAAGGAAGGGAGGCGAGCGUGAGGGGAGGUGUAGGAUGGAGGCGCCUGGAUCUGCGCCUCCCACUCUCUCCUUCCCUCUGGCGAGAAAAAAAAAGGGCUCCCUGCUGCACCAGUUGAUCACUUGAGCAGGGGAGAGGGGGUGGUGUUAAAAAGGAAGAUGGGUAUCCUCUGGCACUCAAAAGAUUAAGCACCUUAUACUGAACUAAUGCACUUUAUUGAGAUGGGAUUUGAAUAGUUUUUUUUUCAUGUGUGUGAAUGCGCGUGUGUUAGGAAUCAGAGAGCAUACGGUAUGUGUACAUACACAUUAUCUGCGUGCAUCAGAACUGGAAGAGGGAGGCGGUGAAACAGUCGGCGGGGUGAAUGGUCGGGCUGUUAGGUUUUCAAAGUCAGGGGGACCUUUUAGUUGAAACCUUAUCAGAGAGCAAAUCCUUUCUCGAAAGACAAACACUGUUGAUAUUUCUCUUGUUUAGCAUUUUUUUUACGUUUAUAUAAAAAGUAAAGCUAUUGAAAAAUGGAUUAUAAAAAAACUUGAAGAUUUGCACUUGCCUAAAAAAGAAAUAACAAAAACAUCAAAAAAAAUCAAACAAAUGGGGUUAGUUAUAGAAGUGAAUAUUUUUGUGAAUGUGUACGCGUGACUGUGAGAGUGACUGAUGUGCGAUGGUUGGUUUGUGUCAGUUAUAUACCAGUCUGCACAAUGUUUGUUUUUCAUUCUUUUGUUGCUUACCAAGAUGUAUGAAACAUAAGAGGCCAUUUUUUUGUCCUUUUUUUUUUUUUUUUUGUUAAAAUUGUAAUUUUGUAUUCUCAUGUUUAGAGAGUGUGUGUCCCUUCUCCAAACAGGGACUUGAUCUGUAUGUUUGUUUUCAGAGCAUGAAUGAAUGAAUGAGACAGAGAGAGAGAGGGCAAUUGCACAACACAUCCUUUCUCUCACCAGCUCUUCAUCCCCAGAUAGACGAAAUAGAAAUGCAUACAUUUGUAAAUGUUAGCUUUU